UCUGUACCAUCACCAUCAUUUACGCAUCAAGUGCAUGAAAAAUUUAAUAAAAAAAAAAUUUCCGCGUAUAUCCCACAUCACAUCACAAAAUACAUUCCAAGACUCGAAUUUAUUCGAUUUAUUUAUACGUGGAUGUAUUAUUCUAUAAACUGAUUUUCUAAAUCUUUUUAUCUGUAAGCUAGACAUGGAUCUUAUGCGUAUCAUAAUCGCUCAGAUAGCACAGAAUAUUGGCUACAGUAGCACACAAAAUGCCCCCCUGGAACUGUUGCAAGACAUUUUGCAGAAAUUUAUGCAGGAAUUCGCCCACGACCUUCAUAGUCAAAUGGAACAUGCAAAUCGAAUAGAGCCUACAUUAAAGGAUGCACGUCUGACACUGAAAAGCCUCAAUAUUAAUGUGCAUGAGUUGUUAGACUACAUUGGCAAUGUUGAGCCUGUACCAUUUGUACGCGACGUUCCAGCGUUCCCAGUGAAACGAGCUUCGAAUUUGAACUUUUUAAAACCCGGAAGUGCAGAGACCCUUACCCGUCCCGUGUAUAUAUUCGAGUACCUUCCACCGAUGCAGCCAAAUUCGGCAGCUGCUUCAUCUUCCGCUUUGCAAGCACCCUAUUCCGAUCAAGAACAAGAAGGAGCGGAUGGCGAGGCUACAAAGAAAGUUGGAAGCCAGGAGGGGUUGGGAAACUCCGGUAAUCCUAAUGAAACAGCUUCGUCCGCUAAGCUCCUAAAUUUCCCUGCCAAAGACAAUUGCUUGGACAUGGAGGGUCACACAGUUCGGGAAAUCAGAAGCGUGGUCAUGACAAGUGGUGGCUUUAUUUCGCCUGCAAUUGAAGGCAAACUGCCCGAGUCUGUGAUUCCUGAUAUUAUUGUAAAACUAAAGGGCCUCGACGCACCACCUCCCCCUCCACCAUCGCCGCCGCCAUCACCACCCCCGCCGUUGCCACUAGUAGCAAUGGAAACUAACACAAAGCCUUUGUUUGUUGGUGAAACCGAUUUGGCACGGGAAAGAGAUCAACAGCAACGUCAGAAAGUAUUGCUCAGUAGCGAAAGGAAAGAGACUCACACGACACCAUUUGCCCAAACUGAAACGGCUUCUACCUUGCCAGGGACUGCUGCCCUUACCCCCAAGGCCACCAAAAAAAAUAAGAAACAAAAGCAUUUGAUUGGUGGUGCCGGCGGGACACCAGGUGAUAAGGCCCAUGACAAGGCGCAGCGAAAGGCUAUGAAAAUGUAUCAAAAACUUUCGAAAAAUCAUAGUGACAGUGGCAACGCAUUAAUGCUGGUGAAGAAGUCGAAGAAGCAUCUGAACCGUGGCGUCAUACCAACCUUGCCGGAUGGCUCUGCUGAUCGUGCCCAAUUAGAAAAACUGUUUAAAAAGCAGGCCAAGCAGAAGCAAAAGCGACAGCAGCAGCUUGGUGUAAAACCUUUUGGCUACGUAGAUGGACUGGGUGGUAGCAAUACUAGUCUGACUGAAGAAUCGUCUGUAUCCUUUGCUCCUCUCACAGUAGAAAAAGUUGUGCAACCUGUGCCUAAUCCGGAAGGUGCUCCAAUUGUAGGAGAGUGUGAAGCACCACAUGGACUCAAGCUGGCUAGUGAACCCGACAAAAAUAAACUGAAUAUUUUUAAAAAAAUAUCGAAGCAGAAGCUGUCAGCACCAACCGCUUCGGCGCCAGGACUAACACUUUUUGGACAUACAGCGGCCGGCCCCCCAUUAAUUAGUUUGCCGUCUGGCACAACGAUAACACCAGCGCCGCCUGCCUUAAAUGUCACCAUUGAGAGUCACAUGAACAAUGCCACACAACAACUACAACAAUUCUCGCCUAUGACGAUAUCAACAUCAGGCCCCACUAACCAGGACUCUGCUCCCACGGCCCCUUCUUUCGGUGUUGAAAUAGUUAACAUUGAUGCCAACAAACCCAAGAAGCGCGGCCGUAAACCCGGCGGAAAGAAUCAAGCCAAACAACUGUUAAAUCCGUUGGUUAUGCAGCCAUUGCCUAAAAAAAUGAAGGCGAGCAAGACCAUGCUGGGAGUUCUGGGACAACCAUUGUCCCUUGGUCAGUCGUCAGAUCCCUCUGCAUUAGUAGAUAUGGAGCCGCUCAAUCUGAGCCACGUUCCACAAUUCCAAGACAAUCUUAUGCAGCCCAAGAACAAAGAGAAAAAAGAACGAAAGAAGUACAAGAGCACAAAGUAUGAUCCGCCAUUGCCAUUGCCAUUGCAAGCGGGUGACAGCUUUACUCCGGACGACAUGCACAUGCGAAUUUCGCCAACAAAACGAAUUACUCAGGGUCCUGUUAAUAUAUUGGGUGUAGGAAUGGGUAUGCCAGGCCUUCCUCCAGGUCCAGGUCUAUAUGCCAAUAAUCAACUACCCCUGUUGCCGCUUUUAAGCUUCCCCCCGCGCCCAGGCUUGAUUCCUUCGGGCCCUGGCCUUUUUUCGGCAGCAACUGGAGGGCUUCCCAGCUUCGGCCAAAGUUCCGUACCUAUUCCCCCCUUCAUGCAAUUUCCCGGGGGGACUGUAUCUAUCGAUUCUAUCCCUAAUCGGCCUAUGCCAAUGAAUCCCACAGACAUAAAGCCCAUUGGAUAUUGUCCUGUGGCUCCAUUGGUUCCUGAGUCGAUGAAAUUGACAUCACCCGAAGUCCAGAAAAUAAGCCCGUUUAGUUCAAAGCUUAAGUCGUUGUCCGCAACUGGCAAUUUAGGUGAUCCAAUUGAAGUAUCUGAUGACUCAGAUGAGUCAGCCGCAGCCCCAGCAAGCAUAAAAACAUCUCAGCUCUCGCCAGCAGUAGGGGGCUUUGAUGGACUCGUUGGCCGACCAAACAUAAUACAACCAUCCCAACUUCCAUAUACUGUUGCCGGAACACCUAACUUAAUAUCCCCCGUACCAGCAGCUUCAACCAAAUCUGAUACCAUCAACCAACUACCAAUUACACCAAUGCCUCGUAACACUCCUAUUUUUGACCCUUCUCCUGCUGUUUCUAAAAAAUUGAAGAAACAGACAAAGCCGUGUGAUCUGCCCACUGCUCUGCCGAGUCCCAAUCCAGCUGCUCCAACUGGUCCAUCGAUCUCCCCCUCUCCGUUCAAUUUACACAGUCUGAUGGGAAGCGAUAAGUAUAGUUUAGCGGGCGGCGCUGAUCUCAUUCCAUUGUCGCGUGUGGAAAGCGGUUUGGCUUAUUCUUCGCAGACAGUACCCGUCACCAGUUUGGCCGUUGGAGCCACGUCAGGCACAUCUGCUGUCCCACCAGCUCAACUAAACCUAAAUGUGUCUGAAGAGAUACAAGCUCAAAGGCCGCAUCAGCCAUUCAUGCCCAAUUUCGGAAGCUUUGAGGACAUUACUAUUACCCCAGCAAACCCAGCCCUUAAUAUUGCUGGAUCAGCAGAUGAAUUAAGAUCGCGUAAAUUACACAAGAAACUUAAGAAGCCUAAGGAAGGCAAGAUAAAAAAGAAAAAGGAUAAAAAAGAUAAGUCGAAAAGCAAGGAACGAUUGAUAACCAGCGAAUUUAGUUUAAUUCCUAGCGAGAAACCAGCAAAGGGACAGGACAAAAAACCGAAAAAAGACAAGAAGAAAGAUAAACUACAGCAACAGAUUCCAAGUGUUACGGUCGCUGAUUCUGAUUCGAUAGCAGUUCCGCCACAGAAUUCUAUAGAGUCGAUUGCACCGACCAGUGCAGUGACAUCGUCCUUAGCACCUGUGCAGACUGUGCAUAUCUCAAACUCACCACAGUUGGAGCUGUCGCCCAAUCAGGUGCCAAAGUUAACCCUAAAACUCAGUGGAAAAUCCACACCAUUACCAAUGGAGCCGGAACCAACACUUUUACCACAGAUUGGCUCGGGUAAAAAGGAACGCGAUCGCGGUCGGGAACCUUCGCCAGAACUAGCCAGAUUCUCACCACUAGUCACAGGACCACCAAAGCCCAAACAAUCUGACUUGCAGUUAUCAUUACCUACAUCUGCUUCCGCUUCUACUAGUGGACCCCCAAUGGCGCUACCGCUUCAAAUGAGUACAAUUCCCAACACUCACACCCUUGUUCCAUCUAGCACGGCUGUCAAUUCAAGCGUCUGGAUGACAACUGGCAGUGGAGCCCCUGCUGCUGCUACUUUAUCGGCCAGCUCGGUUCUUCUACCGCAACAGCUGAUGUUGGCGUCUACACCUACACCUAUUCCUUCUUCAGGUGGCGCUGUCAUAGCCCCAACGGCGACAGUUUCGCCUGCGAAAUCGGAAUGCCCUCCUCCUCAAACCGUGGAAUCAAAUCGUCCAUCUUCAUAUGUGGAUGCUGAGGGAAAUCGGAUCUGGAUAUGUCCAGCAUGCGGUAAAGUGGACGAUGGUUCCGCAAUGAUCGGGUGUGAUGGAUGCGAUGCUUGGUAUCAUUGGAUAUGUGUUGGCAUCCAAGUUGCUCCAAAGGAUAACGACGACUGGUUCUGCCGUGUUUGCAUCACCAGGAAAAAAGUACACGGAUCGGAAAAAAAGAAGAAGCGAAACAAGAAAAAAUAAAGCAGAUACAUUAAUAUAUUAUUUAUAUUUAGGGUAGCUUAUUGCAUAAACUCCACUAACUUGAAAUUUGGUAAACUCGUGGAUUGUAACGGAUUUUAUGUUUUGUUUUAUUAUAACGUAUAUUUAGGUAUGUAUAAUAAAUUGUUUAGUACGGCAAAAUCAA